AUGUACCGUGAUCUAAAGGCGAUAUUUUGGUGGCCGGUUAUGAAGAAUGAUAUGGCAGAAUAUGUUUCAAAGUGUUUAUCCUAUCAGAAGGUAAAGAUCGAACACCAGAGACUUUUUGGAACGCUGCAACCUUUAGAGGUUCCACAUUGGAAGUGGGAAAGCAUUGUGAUGGACUUUGUAUUGGGAUUGCCAAGGACUAGGGCCGGUUUUUAUGUUGUCUGGAGUCGUCAGAAGAGUUACGCCGAUCAGAGGCAGAAGCCCUUGGAAUUUGAGGAAGGAGAUCAUGUUUUCCUUAAGCUUCAGAAGUAUACUCCUGAUGCUAACCAUGUGUUAGAACCUGAAUCUGUUCAGUUGAAAGAAGAUUUGACGCUUCCGGUGGCUCCAUUCAAAAUUGAUGAUACUAGUAUCAAACUGUUGCAUGAAAAAGAGGUUUUGUAUGAUAAAUAUGGCUUAGGUAGUGUGUAUGUGAAUAUUGAAGAUUGA